ACAGCGUUCGGUGAUCUUCUCGACUCAUUCGUUUACUCUUCUCGGAACCGUCUAGCGUGCGCCUUAGUCAUCACAGCCAGCAGUCUAUUAGCUUUGUAACUCUAACGUUCUACGGAAGUUCUGCAUCUCGACUUGUAUCCUCCACCACAUUGUACCGGAUAUCCUGCAGCUACUUUGCAUCCAUUCUCAUUUCCACCUGUCUACAUCUGCUCUCAAUUUCGAGCUUGUCAUGUCUUUCACGCCGCAAUACCAUGCCUUUUCCCUCCCGCGGGAACUUCUGGACACUUUGAUACCCCGGAACGUCGUGAACCAAGAGCCAUCCCCUCCUGAACCCGAGCCUGUGGCUACUCCGCCCACUGGGACCACCUCACGCGCAUGCAACAUCUGUCUCGGCGCAAGCUUUGCAGACGUAGACGAGCAGCGCAUUCACUACCGUUCCGAUUGGCAUCGAUACAAUGUCAAAGUGCGUCUCAACGGUGGCAAUCCGGUCACGGAAGCCCAGUUCUCUCAAUUAGUGAAUGGUCUGGAGGACUCGAUAUCAGGAUCUGCUUCCUCGUCCGAAGGCGAAUCCGACGACUCGGACGCCGUAGCCGCUCUCGUACAGAAAACUCGCAACCUUGUGAGGCCGCCUUCUCCCGACUCCGCCUUGCCAUCAGUUCCCAAGACGCCGCUGGCGUGGUUCCACUCUCCGCCGUCCACACAGAUCGGCUUGUACAAAGCCAUCUUCCCAACCUCCGCAACACCGUCAACAUAUCUGGACGAACUGAAGGAGAUGCAGAAAGGUGGAGAGGAAGGGCGCACAUGGGCCAUUUUCAUGACUGCCGGAGGGCACUUUGCGGGUGCAAUUGUUCGCGUGAAGGCUCCGGAUAGCGAGGUGGAUGACCAGGGCGGCUUGACUAAGAAGGGAAAACCGAGGAAGCCGAAACCUGACAUGGAAGUGCUGAAGCACAAAACGUUCCACCGAUACACUACUCGUAGAAAACAGGGUGGAUCUCAAUCGAUUAAUGACAACUCGAAGAGCAAAGCGGUCAGUGCCGGCGCCAUGCUUCGUCGAUAUGGCGAGCAGGCGUUGCGAGAUGACAUCCGCAACCUCUUGCAAGAUUGGGCGGAGGAAAUCGAUCAUUGUGAGCGGAUAUUCAUCCGCGCUAGCGUCUCGAAUAAACGCAUCUUCCUUGAUUACGACGGCGCUGUAAUUAACAAAGGUGAUGAGCGCCUGCGCACGUUCCCUUUCCCCACACGCCGUCCGACACAAUCUGAACUAUCGCGAUGUCUCUUGGAGCUCACCCGCGUGAAGGUGUCCCAUUUGACUGAAGAGGCGCUUCGCGCGCAGGACGAGGCUUUCCUUGCCUCUCUCCUGAGGCCGAAGCCAAGACUUCCUGUUGCAGCAUCACCUUCGGAACAGGAGAAAGUCAAGGAGAAGCCUCAUUUCACAAAAGAAGAGGACUUAUUCCGUGAGAAGUGGAGUCGACUACUGGAUAUGAUCAUGAGAGGUCGCUUUGAUGCACUCAAAGCCUUCUGGGAACGUGAAGGCUCAAAUAUUGGAGGCAUUGAUGUGUCAGUACCAGAAUGGGCUGGGGAGAGAGGUGGGACCCUGUUGCAAGUGGCUGCACAUGCUGGUCAAGCAGAAGUGACAAAAUGGCUGCUUGAGGACAUGCAUGCGGAUCCCACUGUUGACGUGCCAACCAGCACAACGACGGAAGACGACGGUCAUAUCUCGGAUGCAUCGGAUGCGCCGGCAUUGCCUGUUGGCGUGCGACGCACAGCGUAUGAUCUCGCGCGCACCCGCGCAGUCCGCGACGUGUUCCGGCGAUGCGCAGCUGCCCAUCCUGAUUGGUGGGACUGGCUGGGCGCGGAGAAGGGUGCGCGGGUGUCGAGCGUGCUGAGCGCGGAGAUGGAGGAGGGCAGAGAAGAGAAGAAGAAGGCGCGGCGGAAAGGCCUGAAAGAACGCGUCAAGGAGCGCGAGGCGAAGGAGAAGGAGAGGGAGGUGCGGACGCCCAGUCCGCCGGUGGUGCCAGAAGUCAAGGAGGUGCGCACGGCGCCGAAGCAGGUUGAGAACCCGAACGGGCCGCGGAGGUUGGGCGGCUCGGCGGCGGCGAAGGAGGGACUUGCGGGGUUGACGCAGGAGAUGAGGGCGAAGGUUGAGCGGGAGCAGAGAGCGCGCGCUGCUGAGGCUCGUUUGAAGGCGACAAAUGCAAAUGGUGGUCGUUGAACAAGCGACUCUCUUUUGGUUGGGGGGCCAUUAUAUCAUGAUAUUAUUUCCUUAUCACAGCUUUACGGUGCACACGUGCAAACCUUGAGCUCGAAUGUUCAACUUCGGCAGCCACGCGAGCAUGUGUGUCAGUUAUUCGAUGCAUCAUUCCCGCCACCCGCACCGAUCUUUCGGGCAAUUAUCUGCCCCACCUUCCAAGACGUUUAAUGCGCUGUGAUGCUAACAUGUACAUAUGCUGUUUUAUAGAGAAACCGGUACAUU